AUGCGUAGCAGCUUCCACGUCAAAACUUCCAAACCCUAUCUUACUCUCAAUUUCAUCACACAUCAGCACCACAACCAAUACCAAACCCGUAGAAAUCUUAUUCUCGACACUUCCGCUUCUGAAUUCGUCAAGCUUCACAGACUCACUGGCCCUGAUUCCGGGAUUGUCGAAAUUAGCUUGGAUAGGCCCGAAGUAAAAAAUGCCAUAGGGAAAGAGAUGCUGCGAGGCUUAAGUCAUGCUUUUGAGUUGAUUAAUCAGAACUCUUACGCUAAUGUUGCUAUGAUCAGCAGUUCAGUUCCUCGAGUAUUUUGUGCUGGGGCUGAUUUAAAGGAGCGCAGAACCAUGAGUCAAUCAGAGACUAAGAUGUUUGUGAAUUCCAUUCGCUCCACAUUUUCAUUUCUAGAGGUUGUUCAUGUUCCAACUAUUGCUGUUAUUGAAGGAGUAGCUCUUGGUGGUGGACUUGAAUUGGCUCUUGCAUGUGAUAUUCGGAUAUGUGGAGAAAAUGCUCUGAUGGGUUUGCCAGAGACAGGACUUGCAAUAAUCCCUGCCGCAGGUGGAUCUCAGCGACUACCUAGAUUGGUUGGAAAAGCAAUUGCAAAGGAUAUCAUAUUUACUGGUCGAAAGAUUGAUGGCAAAGAGGCACUGUCCUUAGGUCUUGUUAAUUACUGUGUUCCUGCUGGUGAAGCGUAUUCAAAGGCACUUGAAGUUGCUCGUGAUAUCAAUCAAAAGGGUCCAGUAGCUAUAAGGAUGGCUAAAAAGGCUAUUAAUGAGGGAGUUGAGACUGAUCUAACAUCAGCUUUGGUCUUGGAAGAAGAUUACUAUGACUAUGUCUUGAAUACUAAAGAUCGACUUGAAGGCUUGGCUGCAUUUGCUGAGAAGCGGAAACCAAGUCAGUCAUAUUUCCGAAGCUGA